AGAAAUCGUUUAAAAAAAAACGAGAGAUAAAAGCGCCUCCUCUCCGAUGUGAACCGCCGAGAGCACCCGCCCCCCCGCAACGUCCGCCUCUCUCAUGGGCCGGAGGGCGAAGCUCCGACUGACCGCGACGCGACUCUAAAAGGAUUCACCGUGGACAUCACCGACGCUUCGAGGAUCUCUCCGCCGCGAGCAGGAGGAGGCGGAGGAGGAGGAGGAGGAUACCAAGGAAGAGGAGGAGGAUGGAAGAAGUGGAGUACGGGGGUCAUACUCCUUAGCGACGCGGUCACGAUGGACGCCGCGACGGACCUCGAGAACAACAACGCCAACCUGGCCGGCGACGGCGGCGUCGACGACGACCUGGCGCCGUCGCACCUCUCGCAGGACCCGGAUGACGAUGAGGUCCUGGAGGAGGGGGGGUGCGCCCUCAGCGUGCGGGACGUCAGCGAGCUCCUUCACGCGCAGUAUGCCAUCAUCACAGGCGGAAAGUCUCGCGAGGGCUGUCCAAUCCUCACCUUCCCAGACAAGGGGAAUUUCGCCCAACUCGGUGACGAAGAGUACAGAAAACUUAUCAUCUACCUCACCUCUGUGCCCUCGCUUCAGGACGCGGACAUGGGCUUCGUCCUGGUCAUCGACAGACGGAAUGACAAGUGGAAUUCAGUUAAGACUGUGCUGCUCAAGAUCUCAGGCUUCUUCCCCGGCCUCAUCACGGUGGCCUACGUCCUCCGGCCCGCGGGGUUCUUCCAGAAGGCCAUCUCCGAGGUUUCCAACAAGAUCUUCAGGGACGAGUUCAAGUUCAGGUGUAACAGUCGGGAGGCGUGGGCCACGUGGCCGCUCACUCGACGUGCUGGCUGCGAGGACGUGGGGCACCGAAGCCGUGGUCACCUGUCAGCCGGGCCGGGCGGACUGGCUGGCGGCUGUGGCGUUCCUGCGACCCUGUGCCGCUUCGGGACACACAGCCGUGUAGUAACACUCACACACACCAGCGCUCGUACAGAAGACACACACAUCCACACUCGCAUAAGCACACAAACCCACGAUCCCGGCGGUACCUUUCAUGCAGACAGAGCUAACACCGAGCAAAGCGUCCCCUCAAGCCCGCACUGCGCCGGAGAGUCCACCUCCCCGUGUUGA